AUGUCUGAACUCUCAACCCCCAAGGGCAACGCCUGGACCGACGAGGCCAAGUGCGAGCUUCUUCUUCGCAUCAUCGCGCAGCUCAAGUCCGAUGGCAAAGGCAUCAACUGGAACGAAAUCCAGAUGGAAGGUCGUACCUCCAAGAGCCUCCAGAAUCAGUGGACCGCCUUCAACAAGCGCAUCGACGCUAUCAAGCAGACCAACCUUGACUCGCCCCCUCCUCCCAAGAAAACUCCUGGCCGCAAGCGCGCUCCUCCCAAGGCCAAGGCCGCCCCUAAGACCCCUAAGCAUGUCGGGUCCGAUGAGGAGGAUGAAGACUACGAUGUCACUCCUCCCAAGCGCCGUGUUCCCAAGAUUGAACCUGACACUGAGAGCCCUGAGAGUGCGGCUAAGGCCAUUAAGAUGGAGCUCAAUGAGACCAUCAAGAGCGAGAACGACGGUGAAAUCUAA